AUGGAACGGAGCAAAUAUAAGUGUCCAUUUGGUUGUGGUACAACAAUCAUACGGCUUCCCUUAGAUUCAGAUUUCAAGAAUCGUAAAGAAGAUCAAUCUAGAAAGUAUGUCGUUAAGCAAAUAGAGAAUGCCAAUUUCAGGUUUGUCCAAUGUCCUGAAGAAAACAUACAAAGCAUUCCCUCCAUUAAUAAUGAUGGACAUAUACCAUUUUAUAAGGUUGACAGUUUUUGGGAUUUUGAUAACAUAGGCGUAACAAAGCACGUUGGUAACGACAAGGAAAGUCAUGAACUACCUCAAAUACAAUUGGUAAGUUCUGGCAAAUCAUUGGAACCAGUUCAAUAUCAGAUUUGCAGGUACUUAACUUGUGGAGCCUGUGAUAAAGGGGCCGUUGGAUUUGGCGGUUAUGUUCUCAAUAAGGAUAAAGGUAAACGAGAUCAUGUUGAAGUAAAUCCAAAUGAUUUGACAUAUUUUGUGUCCCUAUAG